AUGCAGAAACCACAAUGUCUUACCACAACCACGCCGCUAUGGCUUCCGAUGCCAACAACCAGGGACCUCGCCCCGGCGUGGGACCUGCUUACAUGGCUGCUCAAGGAGCUCAUGAUGUCCCUGGACCCCGUGGCAUUCACUACCCAGCUGCCCAUCAUGAUGGCCUUGGCGGGCGCUGCGCCUGUUGCCAUUCCUCCUGGCGGCUACAUGCCCCCUGACACCUCUGUCGUCUACCCUGGCUAUGGAAGCCACAUUCAGGCUCCUUACAACAUGGGAAUGGCCCAGGUCUCUGAUUCGGUCUACGGUCAUGGCAUCCCCGCUGGUCACUACAUGCAUCAGGGCGGCGUUACUGGUGCUUAUGGCGCCUACAUGGUCCCUUACACUCCUGGACGAGCAGCCUCCUACACGGACCGGAUGGAGCGUGGACUUCGAGACCUGCCUGGACUCGACAACCGCCGAGGCUCUUACUCGACCACUGCCACUGAGUCUACCCCGGGUACGCCUUUCUUUGGAGGUAUGGGAGACCGACAGUCUGCUCCUCGUGUCAUGUCUGCCGACCGAUCAAGCUACACCACUCCCUCCCCUCAGCAGCUUGCUGUGUCCGGAACCCUCGGUCCUGUCAGCUCCAAGGGAAAGCGAGUUGCUGAGGCUGAACUCCGCGCUCUUGCUGAGCAGGAUCCCUCUAUCCCUUCUGCUGUGCCCGCUGUCUUCACCACCCCAGAGCAGCGCAAGACACUGGACCAGUGCUUGGAAAACCGCAUCGAUGGCAACAGGAACGUCUACAUUCGGGGCCUUCACCCCACCACUGAUGAUGAGCUCCUGCUGAAGUACGCCUCUCGCUUCGGUGAGGUUGAGCAGAGCAAGGCAAUCAUUGACACCACCACCGGUGCCUGCAAGGGAUUCGGCUUUGCCAAGUUCAAGAAUGUUCGUGAUUCCGAGAAGUGCAUCCAGGCCUUCUACCUUCUUGGCUACGAGGUCGGCUUCGCACGGGAGAGCUUCAACGCUCGCCUCAAGGCUGAGGGAGAUGAGGAGUCGACCAACCUGUACAUCUCCAACUUGCCAAAGUCUGUCACAGAGGCGCAACUCGUCGCAAUCUUCGAGCCCUACCAGAUCAUGUCGAGCAAGAUCCUUCGCGACAGCAUGGGCAACAGCCGCGGCGUUGGAUUUGCCCGUUUCGAGAGUCGCGAUAUCUGUGAGGAGGUCAUCCGACGCUACCAUGGCCAGGCCAUUGGUGACGAGUGCUUCCUGAUGCAGGUCCGCUACGCCGACACGCCUUCUCAGAAGGAGCUGAAGCGCGUCACCGCCGAGCGCCGCCAGUACCGCACCAACGAGUACAACAUCGGCGCAUAUGGAACUAUGGCCGUUGGCAUGACCCCUUCCAUUUACAGCUCUCAGCCCAGCAGCUGGGGCCGCACCCCUCGCUUCACCAGCGCCGCUCCUGGAGCUCCCCACCGUCCUGCUCUCGCUGCCAAGAGCGGAAACGCGAACAUGACGAAGGGCCGCAUUCACCAACAGUGCGCAGUCACGUCUUCUUCGGAUGACGGGUCUGCCGAUGAGGGUGUGACGGUUGUCGACUCGCCCACCAACCACAAGUCGCAGUCGUCUCCCAUCAUCAAGAAGGAAGCUGUCUAG